UUUCCGUUGACUGUCCGACUGUGGGGCGCUUUUCGGCGGGUUCCGUUAAAAUGGCGCUGUUGUUGCCAGGAGCUGAAACCCAGCAGAUGAAAAGCGACAGCGGUUAAAAACAUACCGCGGACCGUUUCUGCUCGCACGGAGGGUAAUAUAUACGUGCACAAUGGCGGCGCUUGAUCAGAAGUCACCCAACGUGCUUCUACAGAAUCUGUGCUGUAAGAUCACGGGCAAGAGUGAAGCUGAUGUAGCCCAUCAGUUCCAGUAUGCAGUGCGGGUCAUCGGAAGUAAUUACGCACCCACAAUUGAACGGGAUGAGUUUCUGGUGUCUGAGAAAAUUAAAAAAGAAUUAUUAAAACAACGACGGGAAGCAGAUGCUGCCCUUUUUUCUGAGUUGCACAGAAAGCUUCAGACCCAGGGUGUAUUGAAACAUAGAUGGUCCAUCUUAUACCUCCUGCUCAGCCUCUGUGAGGACCCAAGGAAGCCGUCUAACCGUGUUCCUGUGUGUAGUUAUGGAGCUCUGCUUGCCCAGGCUUUGCCCCGUGAUGUCCACUCCACCCCGUUCUACUACGCCCGUCCCCAGAGCCUCCCGCUUAGCUACCCAGAGCGCUCUGCGACUGCCCAUAACUCCAGCAUUGCUACCAGUGGCAUCAGCAGUAUGGGAGUAUUCUCAAUCAAUGGGCCUGGACCGACCCCUCCAUCUCUGCUCACUGGACCUGGACCCCAGGCCGUUGGUGAGUCUAUGAGAGGGUCUCGUCUAGCCUGGACUCUCCCGAUCUCCAGUUCCCCCUCUGGGGCAGCUGCUGCCCCUCGUCCCCCCAGUGGACCCUCUUCCAGUCCGGCAUCCAAACUCCCACAGAGACAGAGACGAGAUGGAGAUGGCAGUGCUGAGAUCGGUGAGGAUGCUCUCGUCCGAGACAUUCUUUAUGUUUUCCAGGGAAUAGAUGGAAAGUUCAUCAAGAUGUGCAGCCCAGAAAAUUGCUACAAAAUUGAUUCAAAGGUGCCACUGUGUAAGUCUCUGAGAGACACUAGUAGCAGGCUGGCAGAGCUCGGCUGGCUCCACAAUAAGAUUCGAAAAUAUACAGAUUCCCACAGCCUGGAUCGAGCCUUUGGCCUGGUCGGACAGAGUUUUUGUGCUGCAUUGCAUCAAGAGCUGAAGGAAUACUACAGAUUGUUGUCUGUACUUCAUGCACAGCUCCAGGUGGAAGACGAUCAGGGUGUAAACAUGAGUGUGGACAGCAGUCUGACUCUGAGGAGACUGCUGGUAUGGACCUACGACCCCAAGGUUCGGCUAAAAACACUGGCCGCACUGGUGGACUACUGCCAAGGGCGUAAAGGAGGAGAGUUGGCCUCAGCAGUACAUGCAUAUGGAAAGACGGGUGACCCCCACAUGAGAGCGUUGAUCCAGCACAUCCUUGGUCUGGUGUCCCACCCCAUUCUUAACUUCCUGUAUCGCUGGAUCUACGACGGGGAGCUGGAGGAUACGUACCAUGAGUUCUUUGUAGCCUCAGACCCAACAGUGAAGACGGACAGACUGUGGCAUGACAAGUACUCUCUGAGGAAGAGUAUGAUCCCCUCCUUCAUCACCAUGGAUCAAGCCAGGAAGGUGCUACUCAUUGGCAAAUCCAUCAACUUCCUGCAUCAGGUAUGCCACGACAGGACGCCGCCGGGAAAGAUCAUGCCCGCCUCCAAAUCCACCGACUCUCCCAAAGAUGCGGCAGAGUUGUUCACUGAUCUGGAAGGGGCCUUUCAGAGUAAUAUUGAUGCUGCAUAUUUUGAGACCAGUAAGUAUCUGUUGGAUGUGUUGAAUAAGAACUACCAGCUGCUGGAGCAUCUUCAGGCCAUGAGGAGAUACCUGCUGCUGGGCCAGGGAGAUUUCAUCCGACACCUCAUGGACCUCCUCAAGCCAGAGUUGGUGAGGGCUGCCACCACUCUUUACCAACACAAUCUAACCGGUAUCCUGGAGACCGCUGUCAGGGCAACCAAUGCCCAGUUUGACAGUCCUGAGAUACUGAAGAGGCUUGACGUCCGGCUGCUGGAGGUUUCUCCAGGGGACACUGGUUGGGAUGUCUUCAGUUUGGACUAUCAUGUAGAGGGCCCCAUUGCCACGGUGUUCACCCGUGAAUGCAUGAGCCACUACCUGCGAGUGUUCAACUUCCUGUGGAGGGCUAAAAGAAUGGAGUACAUCCUCACAGAUAUAUGGAAGGGUCAAAUGUGUAAUGCCAAACUGCUGAAGAGCAUGCCGGAGCUCUCUGGUGUGCUGCACCAAUGUCACGUUCUCGCUUCCGAGAUGGUUCACUUCAUCCAUCAGAUGCAGUAUUACAUCACAUUUGAGGUGUUGGAAUGCUCUUGGGAUGAGCUGUGGAAUAAGGUCCAGCAGGCUCAGGAUCUGGAUCACAUUAUAGCAGCUCAUGACGUUUUCCUGGACUCCAUCAUUUCUCGCUGCCUGCUGGAUGUGAACAACAGGUGUCUGUUGAAUCAGUUGCGCGCAGUGUUUGAUCAGAUCAUUGAGUUCCAGAAUGCUCAGGACACACUGUACCGCUCCGCACUAGAAGAGCUGCAGCUACGCAUCCAAUUCGAGGACAAGAAGAGACAGAGGGAAGAAAUGGGUGAGUGGGGUGUAACAGCAGAGCAGGAGGCUGAGGAAAACAGACGUGUGCAGGAGUUUAAAGACACCAUACCAAAAAUGUGCUCUCAGCUCAGAUUACUCACACACUUCUAUCAGGGCAUAGUGCAGGAGUUUCUGCGGCUGCUAAUGACAGAUGAGAGUCUUCAGUUCCUCAGUUUCCGUCUGGACUUCAAUGAGCACUACAAGGCUCGUGAUCCGCGCCUGCGGCCCUCGCUAGGGGCCACUAGAGGGAGACGAAGCUCUAACAUCUGACCUUGCAGACUUUGGGAAAGUUAAUGUUAUGUGGAUGCUGUCAAGAGACUGUUUAUUAAUAGGGCUACUCGGAACUUUUCUGGCGCUCUGUAAGAAACUCGUAUAACAGGGAAACUGUUUAUAGAAUAUCCUAUUUCACUGUCAUCGCCAAAUAAUUUCAGUCACACACAGUCGACUAUCUAGUGGUUUUACAGUGUAAUUGUCAGUAGCACAAGGUCACAGGUCUGUUGUGGGGUUUUUUUUUUCUUCAGUUAAUGUGUGAAUAUUAGUUUUUGUGUUGUUUUUGUAAAGAAUUGUGUUUGUGUUUACAUUUUUGGUAAUAUUUAAGUCUAUUUGUUAUUUACAUUGAUUGAUUUUCUUCUAGUGCCCUUUCUUUUUUCAUUUUGAAGCGAGUUUGUUUGCCUUAAUGUCUCCUGAUGUUGAAAAAAAAGGACAAAUCUGGCUGUGAAGUCAGUCAAUUUCUCUGGUGCUUUUGUGGCAUCCUCUGGUUCUGGAUCAGUGUUGAAGGAACCUUUUUCCUCUGAGUCCAUUUUCAUUAUUACAUAUAUUUUUGUUGUUAAGUUUGUAAUUAUACAGGCUGUGAUCUUUGUACUGCGU